AUGGGCUUUCCCGACCGGCUUCAGAAAGGCGUUCCUCCCGACUUGAAACAUACGCGCAAACAGCAUAUGCAUAGAGAUAGAGAUAUGGCCACUCGGCAGCGUUCGGGCAGUACCGCAAAAGGGGGCUUGUCCAAAGUUGGGACAGGGGACUCACAGUCGCCUCGCGAGCUGGUGAAGCUGGAAAACUUCAAGGGAAAGUUUGCGCCUAUCGAGUUUGUCGAGUCCCUGUCGUCAAAGCUCCUCACCCAAAAUCAAGCCACGCCUCGCCAGUUCGAUCCGAAACCUUUCAUUCGCAAUUUCGAAGCUGCGAUUGAUGAACUACUAAGGCUCAAGCGAAAGAUACAUAACAAGAUCGAAGAUCUGGAAGAUCAGGCCGAGGCUUCCGAGUCGGCGCGCAGGAAGAGCCUGCAUGAGAUUGAUGAGGCGAUGCAGGAAGCACAUGUGUCGUUUGAGUCGCUAGAAUCACGACUCGGAAAUGUGGGAAAGACGGCCAUCAGCAUAGGAGAACAGCUAGAGACCAUUGACAAGCAAAGACAGAGAGCAGCGGAAGCAAAGGAUCUCAUUCAAUACUUUGCAGAGUUCAACGCUGGAAACACCCGCCGUCUGGACGAUGUCAAAGAUGAAGGCGCGGAGGGAGAGUUCAAGACUGCCACCAUCGUGCGCCGGUUGAGCGCCGUUGCAAAAGAAGUUGAUAUUCCAGGGACGGAGGCCGCACGAAGCAACAUCGAAAGCUACGCAGAACAUUUCGAAAAGGAGCUCCUCGAACGGUUCGAUGACGCAUACCGGGACUUUGACAGACGGGUCAUGAACGAAUGCGCAUGUGCGCUGGUAGAAUUCAAUGGAGGAGAGUCGUGUAUCCGUGCCUACGUCAACCAGCACGAGUUCUUCAUGAAUCGGGCCAAAGUCAAAGAACUAGAAGUUGUGGAUGAUCUCCCAAGAGAACAGGCAGAUCUGGUCGCACUAUGCGACGAAGUCCGCAAAACAUGUAAAGAGGAAUGGGCGGUCAUCCGCGCCGUCUUUCCCAACCCGCAGACAGUCAUGCAGCAGUUCAUUCAAAGGAUCUUUGCUCAAUCCAUCCAAACCCAACUGGAGAACGUGGUCUCACUUGGCAACGAAGAGUCUCAUCUCGCCUACCUCCGCGCCCUCUCAACCUCCCACCAGACAAUAUCAGCGCUCGCCAACGACCUGCACAAAUUGGACGAAAGCAUCGUGGCCGACAAAGGCGGCAAACCGAUGCUGACCUCGGCAAUCAACCGAUCCUUCGACGAUCUGUUCGUCCCGCAUAUCGAGGGGGAUAAGUACAUUGAAGCGGAGCAGUAUUGCUUGACCGAGCUGUUCAAUGAGUCGCUGGGGAAGUUCUACGAGUAUACUAUCCAACGCUCCAAAACCGCCCGCGGCAAACCCGUUACCAAAUCCAGCACCUCCAGCGCCGCACCCCCCUCCCCCACAAAACUCUCCCCAACCUCCGCCGAAGCAAUUAUGUCCAAGUUCGUCACAACCAUGAACGUGCUCGGGCAAGAAGUCGCGCAGACCAUCGGCUUGCAACCCGCAUCAGAACGCAUGAGCCCGGAAGAAAUGGGCUUACCCUCCGUGCAGAUGAUGACGGGGUUACUGGAACUGCAUGUGGAGGCGAUGGCGAGGUGUGGGCAGUUGACGAAGAUGAGUGACAUGGCUGCGAAUGGAAGUACGCUUUUCAAGCUGUUCGUCGAGACUGUGGGUGUCAAAUACCUCGCCGUGGCAUUGGACAUGAUGAUAGAAGACCUCCAAUACAGCGACCCCCGCCUCCCGCCCACCUUCGAGCAGCUACCAAUGGUCCAAGUCGCGCAGAAAGUGCUCCAAUUGCUGCAAUUCCAUUUCCAAAGCUCGAUCGCCCCAGUAGUCUCCGCCUCCCCAACAGCCCACCGCGACAUGGUCGUCUACAAAAACUCGUUCAUGUCGACCGUCGAGCAUCGGUUGAACGUGCUUGUGCAGAAACAAAUCACUGCCAUCGUGGGCUGGCUCGGCACGCUCCUCGGCACACAAAAGAAAACCGAUUUUAAACCAAAGGACGAUGCGGGGGAUCAGGAGAUCUUGCCUAGUCCCACAUGCAUCCAAGUCUGCGAUUUUCUAUCCCUCGUGCAUCAACGCGGCGGGACGUGUCUCGCCGGGAGUAAUCUGGAGAAUUUCUUGUCGGAGAUUGGGAUCUCGUUUCAAAGUCUGCUGCUGGACCAUCUCAAGAAGUUUACCGUCAGUCAAGCCGGUGGUCUCAUCCUCCUCACCGACAUGGCCGCCUACCAACACUCCAUAACCACCCUCUCAAUCCCCCUCCUCUCCGAGCGCUUCGACAUGCUCCGCGAGCUCGCCAACCUGUUCGUCGUGCGCCCGGAGAACUUGAAGACAGUGAUGAACGAGGGGCAUCUGAGCAGGAUCGAGAUGCAGCUGCUGCACCCGUUUUUGAGCAUGAGAGCCGAUUGGGGGAGGUUGAAGGGGUUGGAGAAGGACUUGUUUACGGGGGGUGCGAGGGCGGGACGAGGGCAGGAGGCGGG